GCCAUUGGUGUCUGUGUCAUUACCAAUAGGGUCCUGUAAACACUCGUUAAUCACGCAAGGCCUUUGGCCCUGGGCUCCGCACGCCAGCCAGUGGCCAGUCUUCCCCGCCUCUGCGGCCCGGUGGGAAGGAGGUGGGAGGAAAGAAGGAAGAAAGGGAGGGAGGGAGGGUGGAGACAGGCCAGUGGGAGGGACCGCCUCAGAGGCAGAAGCGCCGCGCGGAGCCAGCGGAGUACCGCGGGCCGGGGCGCAGCCACCCGCGGCUCCGGCGUCCCCUCGCCUUUCCCUUUCGCUCCGGCGGCGGCCCCCAGAGUCCGCCCCCAGGCAGCAUGGUGAGGCUGGCAGUCGGGACUCCGCCACCAUGUACGUGAGCUACCUCCUGGACAAGGACGUGAGCAUGUACCCCAGCUCCGUGCGCCACUCUGGCGGCCUCAACCUGGCCCCGCAGAACUUCGUCAGCCCCCCGCAGUACCCGGACUACGGCGGCUACCAUGUGGCGGCCGCGGCGGCGGCGGCCGCGAACUUGGACACGGCGCAGUCCCCGGCGCCGUCCUGGCCCGCGGCCUACGGCGCCCCGCUCCGCGAGGACUGGAACGGGUACGCGCCGGGGGGCGCCGCGGUGGCGGCCAACGCCGUGGCGCACGGCCUCAACGGGGGCUCGCCGGCCGCCUCCAUGGGCUACAGCAGCCCCGCUGACUACCACCCGCACCACCACCCGCACCACCACCCGCACCAUCCGCCCGCCGCGCCCUCCUGCGCUUCGGGAUUGCUGCAGACUCUGAACGCCGGUCCCCCCGGGCCCGCCGCCCCCGCUGCCACCGAGCAGCUGUCCCCCGGCGGCCAGCGGCGGAGCCUGUGCGAGUGGAUGCGGAAGCCGGCGCAGCCGGCCCUCGGGAGCCAAGUGAAAACCAGGACGAAAGACAAAUACCGGGUCGUGUACACGGACCAUCAGCGGCUGGAGCUGGAGAAGGAGUUUCACUACAGCCGUUACAUCACCAUCCGGAGGAAAGCGGAGCUGGCCGCCACCCUGGGGCUGUCCGAGAGGCAGGUUAAAAUUUGGUUUCAGAACCGCAGAGCGAAGGAAAGGAAAAUCAACAAGAAGAAGUUGCAGCAGCAGCAGCAGCCUCCACCGCCCACAGCGCAGCCUCCCCAGCCACAGCCAGGCCCUCUGAGAAGUGUCCAGGAGCCCCUGAGUCCUGUGUCUUCCCUGCAAGGCUCUGUGCCAGGCCCUGUCCCUGGAGUUCUGGGGCCGACUGGGGGGGUGUUGAACCCCACUGUCACCCAGUGACCUACAGUGGCCUGCAGCAGCAGAGCAAUUCCAGGCUGAGCCAUGAGGAGCAUGGACUCUGCUCAAAUCCUCAGGAGAGACCCCUCCCCUCCCACCCACAAACGCACACCAACUUAUCCAGCUCUCUCUCAGAGGAAAAGUGGGGCCAGGAGCAAAUACAAGUGGGGUCGAAGGCCUCAAGGAAGACACUGCCCCAGAUUUUGACUUUUUUUUUUUUGUCUGACUUUUUCUAUCCGCGAGGAGAAGGAAAUAUGACCACUGGGACUUCACAUGGUACUGGCAGGAGCAUUGUCUGGACUGGCUAAACGGACAGGCGUUCAGCCCCUCCUCUCCAGUUCUUUACCUCCAAAAUCUGCAGGAAGCCUCUCUGGUUGGAGCCAAGGGGAGAAAGGGACUCAGGGGAAUGCCAGUGCGUGGAGCCAAGAUGGCUACUGCCUACUCACUGUCAUCUAAGGACCAGCUGGCCCUUCCAGCCUCAAGGGCAGGCAAGGUUUACACUGCAGAAGUCUGAGGCAGCUAAGAUAGAAACCUGAACCGACCACAGACUGCAGAACCCCCAGGCCUUUGUCUUUUUUCUCUUCCCUCUCCAGACCAGGAAAGGCUUGGCUGGUGUCUGUGUGGUGGAUGGUGUGAGGGUGGUUUGGGACUCCAGGCCUGAUGGGGCCCGGGACUGGGCCUUGUUUAGAAAGCCUGUCACCGGAGCUGCUCCGGCUGAAUGGAUGUCAGCGCCAUAAACGCCAGAGCCGACCUGGACUUCCUGUCAUUUUCACAAUCUCAGGACUGAUGAAGAAAGGGAGUUGUUGUUGCUGCUGUUUGAGUUGUUGGUCUGUGUAACAUCCAAGCCAGUCUUUAAAAAGCCCCUGGAUCCAUGGGGAGAGAAGUGAUAUGGUGAAGGGAAGUGGGGGUAUUUGAACACAGUUGAAUUUUUUCUAUAAAGAAAAAAAGAGAUAAACGAGCUUUUCAGAUGUCAGACUGUAUUUAUUGUCUUCAGAUUUUGUCAAGAACCAUUAUUAUUUUUUAAAA